UCUUGAGUUCUAGGUCUUCUAGCUAUUAGCGCUGGUAUUUCUCCUUCUGGUAAAUAGGAUCUUGUACAGUCUUAAUCUAUUCAAUAAUAUCUAAAAGUAUCUCAAUCUUUCUCUCUAGUUUUCUCUCUAGCUUUCAGACUUUCCUCUCCAGGUUUACAAAUCUUACAGAAUGGCUCAGCCCGAUAACAGUAGAUGGUCUCUUCAGGGCAUGACCGCUCUUGUUACCGGUGGAAGCAAAGGAAUAGGGCAUGCUAUUGUGGAGGAACUAGCAGGUUUUGGAGCAAUUGUGCAUACAUGCUCUCGAAACGAAGUCGACCUUAAUGAGUGUUUAUGUGAAUGGAGAAAGAAGGGUCUCCAAGUCACUGGCUCAGUGUGCGAUGUAUCCUCUAGAGCUGAAAGAGAGAAUCUAAUUAGCACUGCCUUUAAUCUCUUUAAUGGGAAACUUAACAUCCUUAUAAACAAUGUGGGGACAAACAAAACAAAACCGACCUUGGAGUAUACGGCCCAAGAUUUCUCAUUUAUCAUGGCGACAAAUUUUGAAUCAGCUUUUCACUUGAGCCAACUUGCCCAUCCUCUAUUGAAAGCUUCGUCGGCAGGAAGCAUUGUCUUUGUGUCUUCAGUUUGUGGGGUCGUAUCAGUCAGUGUGGGCUCCAUAUACGGAGCAAGUAAAGGGGCAAUGAAUCAGCUGACUAAAAAUUUGGCAUGCGAGUGGGCAAAAGAUAAUAUAAGGACCAAUUGUGUUGCCCCUUGGUACAUCAACACCCCUUUAGUCCAACCUUAUAGGGAUGAUGAAAACUUUUUCAAUGCUGUUAUCUCUCGAACACCUAUGGGACGCGUUGGAGAGCCCAAAGAGGUGUCUUCCUUGGUAGCAUUCCUAUGCCUACCGGCGGCCUCGUACAUGACCGGGCAGACUAUAUGCGUUGAUGGAGGUACGACGGUGAAUGGCUUCAUGUUCCCAUAAGCAUAUAUGGUUCAAAAUUAGCACAAACAAAUGCCAGUUUCCGUACUUUGUAAUAUUGCAUAAUAAGGCAAUUUCAAUUUAAUCUCUUUUGCGUGUCCCUAAUUAGUUUUGUUACAUUAAUAAACUAUUAUACUAUUGCGUGCAUAGAUAUGAGUCUUUUAGCAAGUGAAAUUGAUUUAUUUCAUGUUUUAG